CUGCCUGGGCUCGGGUCCCAAGCUGGGUCCCUUUUGCGAGGUGAUGUUAGACAAGUCACAUCUGGUGUAUUUUCUGCACUCAAGUCAAUGAUUUCAGUUCCCUGGACGUGCGCAGGCCCUCUUUCAGAGGAGAAGCCUCAGUUUCCUCACCUGCAGAAUGGGCACGGGGAACCCCUGCCUGUUUAGAUGCAGACAGCCUCUCUCCACCGUGGCCAAGUGUCAGGAAAAUCCAAGAGAAGGAAGGACUUGCGGAUAUCCUGUAUGACUAAGCCCGCUGUGCCCAACCCCACACCCCCCCGGAACCUGGACUCCCGGACCUUCAUUACCAUUGGAGACAGAAACUUCGAAGUGGAGGCUGAUGACCUAGUGACCAUCUCAGAGCUGGGCCGUGGAGCCUACGGGGUGGUGGAGAAGGUGCGGCAUGCCCAGAGUGGUACCAUCAUGGCAGUGAAGCGGAUCCGGGCCACCGUGAACUCGCAGGAGCAGAAGCGGCUGCUCAUGGACCUGGACAUCAACAUGCGGACAGUCGACUGCUUCUACACCGUCACCUUCUAUGGGGCCCUCUUCAGAGAGGGAGAUGUGUGGAUCUGCAUGGAGCUGAUGGACACGUCCCUAGACAAGUUCUACCGGAAGGUGCUAGAGAAAAACAUGACCAUUCCAGAGGACAUUCUGGGGGAGAUCGCUGUGUCUAUCGUGCGGGCCCUGGAGCACCUGCACAGCAAGCUGUCUGUGAUCCACAGAGAUGUGAAGCCGUCCAACGUCCUCAUCAACAAGGAGGGCCACGUGAAGAUGUGUGACUUUGGCAUCAGCGGCUACUUGGUGGACUCGGUGGCUAAGACGAUGGACGCUGGCUGCAAGCCCUACAUGGCCCCUGAGAGAAUCAACCCCGAGCUCAACCAGAAGGGCUACAACGUCAAGUCCGAUGUUUGGAGUCUCGGCAUCACCAUGAUUGAGAUGGCCAUCCUACGAUUCCCCUACGAGUCCUGGGGGACCCCGUUCCAGCAGCUGAAGCAAGUGGUGGAGGAGCCGUCCCCCCAGCUCCCCGCUGACCGUUUCUCCCCCGAGUUUGUGGACUUCACUGCCCAGUGCCUGAGGAAGAACCCCGCGGAGCGCAUGAGCUACUUGGAGCUGAUGGAGCACCCUUUCUUCACCUUGCACAAAACCAAGAAGACAGACAUUGCUGCCUUUGUGAAGGAGAUCCUGGGAGAAGACUCCUAGCAGGCUGGACCUGGGGACCCGACUCUGGCCUCCAGCACCCCAAAGCCCUCUCUGCUGGGACACUGCUUGCCCACAGCCAUAAGCUACUGCCAUCCUGGCUCUGGGAGUCCUGGGAGGAAUCAAGGGGGCUGCUCCAGACUGGUUCCGCAACCAGCCAUUUGUCCCAAGUGCCAAAGAACUAGACGUGUGGGGGCUCCCAGCUGGUCCCAUGUGGACCCCACCAGUGCCUCUGCCCCAGCUGCUGUAAGGACCUCAAGUCUCCACCCUGAGCCCCUGGACUUGAAGGGGCCUGGAAAUCCCCUGCCAGACGCUGCUCCUCCUCACAAGAGCAGGCAGCCCGUCUGGUCUGUGGACAAGUCUAUUGCCUCGGCUCAGCCCUGGAUGCCACCCAUGUUGUGUAUAUAUAUAUAUUUUUUAUCUCUCAACUGAAUGGACUUUGCACCCUUUGGCCCAUUGGUGGCCACUCCUCCUCUCUCCUGGCCUUAGUGUGGAGGACAGAGUAGGAGGAUGAGCCAUGUGAAUCCUCCAAGACUCCCAUGAGGGAGAUGCCUUGAGCCACCCGAGGCCUUCACCCCAGCACUGGAAAACAGUCUCGAGGGGCACACUGGUCACCUGGCUCUAGCCUGACACCUCUCGUGGUGUGGGUCCACCUUUCUGUUUUUUUUUUUUAAUUUAUCCUCUGUGGAUGUUUUCUUUUGCUUUGUGGGGUUUGGCUGUUUUUGUUGUUGUUUUUUUUCUUGCAUGGUUUGGAGCUGAUCACUUCUUUUCCAUACUCUAGGUGCCAGCAAGCUAAGACCUGUGCCUUUGCUCAGGAUGGAGGCCAGGGACUCUCUGCUCAGAGGGUGCCAGGGGGGAGCUGUCCCCUCACUCUCUUGAAAAGAGUGACUGGCUCCACGGGAGCUAUGGAUUUGCUUUGGUGUUUUUAAAAAAAGAAAGAAAGAAAAUAUAUAUAUUUUUGAACAAAGUCCUGCCCAUCCUGGGUUCUUCCCCUGAUGGGUCAGGUCAGGUA